AGGAUUGCGUUCCUUUCUAUGUCGACGAAGUUAGAUUCAAAGCCUCCCACGUACGGCACGCUUGACGAGAAGAAACACAACACCUCCACCCCACCAUCACCACCACCCGGCAAUAUGGCGAAGCCACCCAUGGAGAAGCUCGCGCGUGCGAGUAUGGGCUACACGAUUUUUGGACUGGCCUCCGGCGUGUACUGGCGUGAGCUGACGCGCCACCUCGGCUACGUGAGCAACGGAACGUCGCAGCUGCGUGUCAUGCACACCCACUGCUUCUCCCUCGGCACCUUCUUCCUGCUUUUCGUCCUCUUGCUCGAGAAGAACUUCUGUCUGUCCAAGCACAAGGACUACAAGAAGUUCUACAUUACGUACAACAUCGGCAUCGGCAUCACCCUGACGAUGAUCCUGGUGCACGGCACGCUUACCGUGACCGACAAGGAUCCAAAGAGUCGCUUUAUUUCGUGGACGGCCGGGGCUGGCCACAUCAUCACCGCCGUUGGAUUCUACUACUUCUACAAGGUCCUCCUCAGCGCCGUGCGCGAGGCCAGCAACAAGUCUGACAAGAAGCCCCAGGAGAGCUCGUAG